AUGAAGUUUGUUUUGUCACUCACUGCUUUCGCAAUGCUCGUCCUCGGGGUCGUCGCACCCCGCGGCGAGAAUGUCUGCAAGUCCAUUGACAGCUCGAUGUCAUGUGAAAAUGCCGUCGGCUGCACGUGGACAUCGACGGGCGGUGGACCAGAAGACGGCUACUGCCAUCAGUGAUGAAUGAUCGCUUGCAUUGUGCAUAGUCAGCGAUGCAUAUCUUGUCAAUGCUUCUUGAGCUUCAU